GUGGUAGCGAGGCAGAAUCAGGCGGUGUAUGGCAAGACUGGGAUGACGUCACAAGGAGGGCGCCAUAUUGGUCCUGGCUGCGGGGAGGAAGGGCGUCGCCGUUAUAUUACCGCCGCACAGUGUUCCUCCUUGACUAGUUAACUCACAAGUGCGCCACAAUGGAGGAGAAAACGCAGAUGAAGGAGCUGGACCAGUGGAUAGACCAGCUGAUGGAGUGUAAACAGCUGGCAGAGAAUCAGGUGAAGACACUCUGCGAAAAGGCAAAGGAGGUGCUGGCCAAGGAGAGCAAUGUACAGGAAGUCAAGUCUCCUGUCACAGUGUGCGGGGAUGUUCACGGCCAAUUCCACGACCUGAUGGAGCUCUUCAAGAUUGGUGGACGGUCUCCAGACACAAACUAUCUCUUUAUGGGGGACUACGUUGAUAGAGGCUAUUAUUCCGUAGAAACAGUCACCUUGCUAGUUUGUUUAAAGGUUCGGUUCCGGGAGCGGAUAACCAUCCUGCGAGGCAACCACGAGUCCCGGCAAAUCACCCAAGUGUACGGGUUUUAUGACGAGUGUCUUCGAAAAUAUGGGAACGCCAACGUUUGGAAAUAUUUCACAGACCUGUUUGACUAUCUGCCCCUGACAGCGUUAGUAGACAGUCAAAUCUUCUGCCUGCACGGUGGCCUCUCCCCCUCCAUAGACACACUGGACCACAUCAGGGCCCUGGACAGGCUGCAGGAAGUCCCACAUGAGGGCCCCAUGUGUGACUUACUGUGGUCUGAUCCCGAUGACCGUGGCGGCUGGGGCAUCUCCCCUCGUGGUGCCGGCUACACCUUUGGGCAGGAUAUAUCUGAGACCUUCAACCACUCCAACGGCCUCACACUGGUCUCCCGGGCCCACCAGCUGGUCAUGGAGGGCUACAACUGGUGCCACGACCGCAACGUUGUCACAAUCUUCUCAGCCCCCAAUUACUGCUAUCGAUGCGGCAACCAGGCAGCCAUCAUGGAGCUGGAUGACUCCUUGAAGUAUUCAUUCCUUCAGUUUGACCCUGCCCCGAGGAGAGGAGAGCCACACGUCACCCGCAGGACUCCAGAUUACUUCCUGUAGAUGCCCCACCAUGUCCCCUCACCAACAACAUUGUCCCCUCAUCACCCCACUAACAUGCUACACUCUUCUACACCACACAUUUUGAAUACACCACAAGGGUAUUUUCACUUCUCUUAUUUGAUACUACUGCUACUACUACUACCACUACUACUACUACUACUACUACUACUACAAGUCAGUAAUGGUAUUUUAAAAUUGAACUGCUUUUUUUUAUAUUUGUGUUUGCUAAUUGUGGAAGGUUGGGUUUCUUUGCAUCCACCUUCAAUUUUUUUUUUUUAUUUAUUUAUUUAUUUUUAUUUUAUUUUAUUUUUUUUUGAGGAAACUGCAGGCUCAGUUGCCAUUACUGUACAAUUGUGAAUUAAUGAACCAGCAGCAGACAGUAGUUACCCAUUGUCAGUCAGUUCCUGGGGAGCUGAGGAUGUCUUGGUGUCACAGUUGACGCCCCAACCAAAACCUCAUUCUGUCAGCUUGCAGCCUCAGUCAGGGAAGGCAGAUUUAUUUAUUUAAAAAUUUACACUUUGUUUUUUGAGUUACAUGAUUCUAGGCUUUUAGAAUCAAUUCCUACCUGCUCAUGUAUUAUGAUGGAUACAAAUUUUACAAACCAUUUCUGUGAUGAAGUAAAAGGUAAAAUUUCAAAGUGUCGCGCCAGACUCGACAGCCACUCUGGCCGGUGACGAACACAUGGUCGAGCCGGCAGUUCUGUGCGUUGCGGAUAACAAUUGCCCUUAAUGCACACAUCACUGGCCUUUCAAAGAGUCAGUAUGGAGUAUCAAAGAGCAAGGCAGGUCAGAUGGUGGGGUUGAUUUGCCCCAAGAGAGGGAAUCUUCUAUUUCUGGGAACAAAGUUUGUCACGGCCACGGGCGGCUGCACUUGUGUCGGUGAUCCUCUUGUUGGUGGCAGUCGUGACCAACGUGGAGUGAGUCAGUCACAUGAGAUCAUGAGCACUGUUGCAUUUUUGUACAGGUGAGAAGAAAAGUGUGCCUGGUUUUGUUUUCUAAGUUGCUGCCCAGAAGUGUGAUGGUUUACUCAGUCAGGAAUCAUUUGCGUUUCCACCCGAGGCACUUCAGGACCCCAGUGGACCGAGUCCCGGGGACUUGCCAGAGAUCUCCAUUGGCAGUUUGGUUUGCCAGACCAGCGCGUCUGGACUGAAGACUUGUCGCUUUCCUGUGUGUCCGCCAGAAGACAAAUGUCGUGGGCCCUUGGCCUGAACCUGACCUCCACUCACCUUGUCUAGUGCUGAGCCUCUGCCUCAACUAAGCUUGCACUCUUGAGUUUUGAUAGGCAUAUCUGUAUAUAUAUUUUACUCUUCACUCUGUCUUUGUCUCUCUUCCUGCCCUUAUGUGUAAUGAUUAUUUGCUCCAUAAUGAUGCUUUGUAGUGCUAAAGUAUGUGAUGUUGGUGGAAACUGUGGUUUUUUGGACACUAUUUAUUCUAACCAUCAUAGACAAAUUUGAUAAUCUAGUGUUUAGUAAUGAUGGUUUGUGAAAAGACUCAAGGGAUUGAUGCAGGAUUCGUUAACCGUAUGAGUGAUGAACCAUAGCCGUCAGCAACUUAGCAUUCAUAUCAACUUGAACUGAGGAUUCACAUAGGCAUAUACGUAUAAUAUAUUCUAUAUAUAAAUAUAUAUCAUUCUUUUGCAGUCAUUUUGAAACUUAGUCCAAAUACUUUAGUACUAAUAUCUCCUCUAGGACCCGAGAGACCACUCCGUUUUGUUUCAUGUUGUCGUAGUCGGAGGCUAGAUACAAGCACAGUGUCAGGGUUCUGCAUCGAUAUCGUGGAUGUAUGGCGUUGUGUUUGAGUGCUUCAUUGCUAAAUACUACUAUAUUUGUGAUCAAUACUACAUUAGAUGAGAUCAGGUGUAUGACAUGUACUCCAUUACAGAAAGAGCUGACAUCUCUGUGCCCCACUGAAACCCUCAUGUUUCAUCUUCACUCGUUUGUUUUCUUAUUGUGAAAGAAGUUCCAUUAUCUGUAGUUAUGUUUUGUUGAUGCUCGUCUCGUGUUAACAACCAGACUCGGCCAGGGAAUCCAGUACCAUAAUGAGCAAGUGAAUGUAUCAGCAGCAUGGUUAUGUGUGAACAGUUAAACAAAUACUUAGUUCUACUCCAAUAAAGUCAGUGACAAG